UCCGCCUGGCGAAGGAGUUGAGGCAUGGCCUUGUUCUCCAGCUGAGAGGACGAUCGUCCUUAUAGGAGAGCCCGAGUCUCGGAGGGCAGUUUCGGAGGUCUGGUGCUAGGUGGGGGAGGCGGCGCGGCGUCGAUGACGACUUCCUUACAUCGCCCCGACCCCCUCCUUCUCUUGUUAACUUCUGUGCAUUGUUGCCUGUCUGCGCUUUCCAUCUCCAAAACCUUUGCUCUCCUCACCCCGUUUUCCCUUUCGAUCACUAGUCUGGGUUCGAGGUGAUUGUGUGUCUCCAUAAUUGACCUGGUUGCCCCCGGUUAUCCCAGAAGUCAAAGAUGAUAGAGAAAAAGGGAAGAGCGAGGGGUUUAUCUCAUGUUCUCUGUGUCAUACUCCUCUUCCCCUGUCCUUCCUGGGUGAUCUUUAUCCUUCCCAGCAUUGUUCUUUCUUAAGUUAAGCACCAAGGAAGAGGGCAACUGCUUGGGUGCUGUUGGCACUCCGAAGCAGCUGCAGUGGUUCGAGAUUGCCAGUGGGACUAGCCAAGGGAGCUGCUGAGUGAGUGGUUUUCGAGAACGCUCUAGAUUCUGGCAACAGUUAGGCCAGAUUAUUGGAAAUGGGGUUGGGACAGAGUUGUGGGUAGUCAUAUGUGUUCUAAUACUGAAGCAGAAUUGACAAGAAGGUUCUAGAAGUUUGGAGCCCUUUCCUUAUCAGCUGCAGGUUAAUCUGACCCUUUUGUUCAAGAUGUCUACAGUGCCCUCAGUCUCAUUCCCACAUACUUUAUAUCUUCAUACCAAGCCCGUUAUGUCUUCAGGCUGGGUAAUUUGAGGUGGUGAUGUAGAAUUAGUUCAUGAGAUCUGAAAUCAGGAUUCUGAGAUUUUUACUAUCUGAUGAGUUGGAAAUGUAAGAAGUACUCGGAGGCCAUGAAUAGUUAUCAAGCUUGAGGGCUGUUACCACAGCCAGUGUCUCAAGUUCCUGAUCUGUUGGGAGCUGGGGGGCCUGACAAAGUGUAAUAGGCCCCUGGGAUAUCAGAGAAGCCAGGACACCAGAGUCCAGUCUCUGUUCUUAAUUUUGAGCUUUCAUGUUGUUCCUACUUCUUUCUAGAUAUUUAAAGUUAAGCAUCAUCAACCCUUACACAUCAUUAAAGAGCUGCAAUGGGAAACAAAAUUUCUCCCAGCGCAGACAGAGCUUAAAUUAAUUGUAGAGAGUUACUUGGAUUUGGAAAGAGUUCAGUGGUCCUUUAUAUUAUAAAUAGGGAUUUGGCCAUAGGUAAUUUAUUUAUUUAUUUAUUUGUUUUUUAUUUUUAGAGACGGAGUCUCUGUCGCCCAGGCUGGAGUGUGGUGGCGCCAUCUCAGCUCACUGCAAGCUCCGCCUCCUGGGUUCACACCAUUCUCCUGUCUCAGCCUCCCCAGUAGCUGGGACUACAGGCGCCCACCAUGCCCGGCUAAUUUUUUUUUUUUUUUUUUGUAUUUUUAGUAGAGACGGGGUUUCACCGUGUUAGCCAGGAUGGUCUUCAUCUCCUGACCUCAUGAUCCUCCUGCCUCAGCCUCCCAUAAUGCUGGGAUUACAGGCGUGAGCCACUGCACCCGGCUGGCCAUAGGGAAGCAGAGACUUUCAAGGAACAAGGAAAUGCAUACUAUGCCAAGAAAGAUUACAAUGAAGCUUAUAAUUAUUAUACAAAAGCCAUAGAUAUGUGUCCUAAAAAUGCUAGCUAUUAUGGUAAUCGAGCAGCCACCUUGAUGAUGCUUGGAAGGUUCCGGGAAGCUCUUGGAGAUGCACAACAGUCAGUGAGGUUGGAUGACAGUUUUGUCCGGGGACAUCUACGAGAGGGCAAGUGCCACCUCUCUCUAGGGAAUGCCAUGGCAGCAUGUCGCAGCUUCCAGAGAGCCCUAGAACUGGAUCAUAAAAAUGCUCAGGCACAACAAGAGUUCAAGAAUGCUAAUGCAGUCAUGGAAUAUGAGAAAAUAGCAGAAACAGAUUUUGAGAAGCGAGAUUUUCGGAAGGUUGUUUUCUGCAUGGACCGUGCCCUAGAAUUUGCCCCUGCCUGCCAUCGCUUCAAAAUCCUCAAGGCAGAAUGUUUAGCAAUGCUGGGUCGUUAUCCAGAAGCACAGUCUGUGGCUAGUGACAUUCUACGAAUGGAUUCCACCAAUGCAGAUGCUCUGUAUGUACGAGGUCUUUGCCUUUAUUACGAAGAUUGUAUUGAGAAGGCAGUUCAGUUUUUCGUACAGGCUCUCAGGAUGGCUCCUGACCACGAGAAAGCCUGCAUUGCCUGCAGAAAUGCCAAAGCACUCAAAGCAAAGAAAGAAGAUGGGAAUAAAGCAUUUAAGGAAGGAAAUUACAAACUAGCAUAUGAACUGUACACAGAAGCCCUGGGGAUAGACCCCAACAAUAUAAAAACAAAUGCUAAACUCUACUGUAAUCGGGGUACGGUUAAUUCCAAGCUUAGGAAACUAGAUGAUGCAAUAGAAGACUGCACAAAUGCAGUGAAGCUUGAUGACACUUACAUAAAAGCCUACUUGAGAAGAGCUCAGUGUUACAUGGACACAGAACAGUAUGAAGAAGCAGUACGAGACUAUGAAAAAGUGUAUCAGACGGAGAAAACGAAAGAACACAAACAACUCCUAAAAAAUGCACAGCUGGAACUGAAGAAGAGUAAGAGGAAAGAUUACUACAAGAUUCUGGGAGUGGACAAGAAUGCCUCUGAGGACGAGAUCAAGAAAGCUUAUCGGAAACGGGCCUUGAUGCACCAUCCAGAUCGGCAUAGUGGAGCCAGUGCUGAGGUUCAGAAGGAGGAGGAGAAGAAGUUCAAGGAAGUUGGAGAGGCCUUUACUAUCCUCUCUGAUCCCAAGAAAAAGACUCGCUAUGACAGUGGACAGGACCUAGAUGAGGAGGGCAUGAAUAUGGGUGAUUUUGAUCCAAACAAUAUCUUCAAGGCUUUCUUCGGCGGUCCUGGCGGCUUCAGCUUUGAAGCAUCUGGUCCAGGGAGUUUCUUUUUUCAAUUUGGCUAAUGAAGGGCAACCACCCAGAACCCAGAAAAUGCAGAUUCACUCAGUUUAAUUUUGAAUGUGGAAACAGUUCACCUCCUCCCUUCAUCACGUCUCCAUGUACUUAGAGCAGUUUCGUUUUCUCAGUUGGAUGCCCUGUGUCUCUGUGAGUGGGUUGGAGCAAAGGGAACCAAUGCCGAAGACCACGGGCAGGGGAGGGAGGCGGGGUGGACAGGGAGGCAGCUUGUGAAUUUUUGUUUUACUGUUUAACUUUAUUAAAAAAGAAAAAAAAGAAGAGAAUAAAAUGUUUUGACCCUUUCUGGCCCUUUGCUCUGG